CAAGUCCUCCACACACUACUCCUUCUCACACCUAUUCCAAUCAACAUUCGCCGGUCGUGGAAUCGUGGGGUGCUUUUUGUCUUGAUGUACGCUAUAAAUUCCGCUAAGAGUGUGCGCGAGUAAUGCAGCUUGUUUAAUACCUGGCUGAUCACACUUUCUCACAAAAGCAAACUUUCCAUACCAACUUGGGGAUACGUCUCGAAUCACCAGUCGAAACUUUGACAAUAUCUUGCACAGCCAGAGGUCUCCGAAACGGAAGGAUCAAACACAUCUGUUGUCCAGGCUUCGCAAAGCGGGUAUGUGCGUAUACUUGCCUGUGAGCAGAUCUGUCCAGCACCCGCCUUAUCCUGCACAAACAUAAUUUGCUCAAUCCACGCUGCGAAUCGUCUUGCUUACAAACGCUUUCCCAUUCCAGCAUCGUAGUUUGAUUUUGGCUGCGCUUGAGCACAUUGUGUCUGAGACUAUCGUCUGCCGAGUGCUCGCAACCGUGUCGCUGGGUUGAACCAGCGCAAGAUCUCAUGUGCUCUCCCGACUCUUUACACAUUGAUGCGAUUCUCUAUUGUUUGCCUUUGCGUCUGCUGUUCCGUUCUGUUGAGCAGAUUGUCCACGUCUUGCGCCAGUUCGGGGCCGAUGUUCAAUCUGCGUGGACCUCAAGUCUAACAGCAUGUUAGGGACAUUCCGACCAGUCCUUGAAGCAUUAAAGAAUUACCUCAGCCUGCCACGGGUCUAUCACAGAUAUGCCCGUCAUUGAGAUUAAUGGUGAGAAGAAAAAGGUAGCGUGUGGACCUUGCAUUCGUGGCCACCGGUCAUCCAAGUGUACUCAUAGUGAUCGUGUCCUCAUUGAAGUACGAAAGCCUGGACGACCAUUGAGUGCUUGCCCUCACCCUUCAGGCUCAUGCGGCUGUCAACGUGCAGUCUUCUACACAGUUCCGAAGGGCGAAUCAAUCUCAACACACGCCGGGUCUCUCAGUUCAAGCACAAGCGCAUACAACUCGCCCGCUCCAGCUUCUUCAAACAGAGUGCAGAAACCAAAGCUAAGAAAAAAUUCUACCAGCGUGAACACAUCGAAUGUUCAGAGGGCAUUUGAAGUUGACCCUUCAGUGCUUUCACAACACGCAAACCACAGCGUUGACUCUGCCUCAACUACAGAGGUGUCUGAGUCGUCAAGCAAUGUACCAUCUAUUGCUUCAAGUACUAGCUCCACUCCCCAGACCGAAGCUAUCGAUACGAGCAUACAGAAACCUUCCACGAGGACUAUACCAUCUGAAGGCGGUGAUCCCUCAGCUCAGAGAAGACCACUCCAACUAGGCAUGCUAGGUGUAGGUGGAUUUGGUACGACGUCGGAUGAGCUGGGCUGGUCUGGCCCUUGGCCGGCUUACAGCAGCAUACCACAGCGAGAUGACAAUAUAUCCAAUACUCCAACUUCGGGAAGCUGUUGUGGGGGAAAUAAGAAGGGGCUGGAUCCGAUUCUUACUGAUUCGGGGGGCGCCUGCUGUUCCUCUAAGGAAAACCCGUCUUUGUCUCGACACAUGCCUUCGAGCGAUCAGCCUUUCACUCUGAAUACAAAUCAGAUCGAUGGUCACGCUCCGUUACAGGCCAACUCGUGUUAUCCAAGGCAAUUUUCAUUACCUGGUCCUGCAUUCGAGACGCAUGUAUUCGCUAGCAAUGUUUUCACGGAAGAUCGAUUUGGCUGUCCUCACCAAGCAAACCACGCCUGCGAGUGUGGUGAGGGCUGCGAGUGUCUUGGCUGCUCUAUGCAUCCUGCAAACCGAACAACAACUGAUUAUGUGCGAUAUCACACUGAAUUGGCUAUGCGAGGGUACAUUGACUCGAGUCGCAUGCACAUAGCUCCAACGCUAGAUUUUGCCCAAGCGUCCCAGCACUUCGGCAAUACCAGCACUGUGACCCACGAACAAAGUAUAGACAAAGACCAGGUGCCAACACAUAAUCAGUUCUUAGCUCAUGCCGUCCAAUCAUAUUUGCCACAAUGGCAGCAUGCACAGAAUGGCCUAGCAACGCCGACUUUUGAGAUGUCUCAAUUCAGCCUCCAGCAGGAGAACUCUGCAGCAAUGUCUCCACUUACGAUGCAACAGUCUCACUCGCACCAUCCUCUCCAAUCCAGCAUGAAUGCGCGAGAGCUGCAACGAUCUACGCAUACGCACCAGUUAUCUUUACAUGAAAUUCACGCCAAUGAUCACGAAUCUCCGAGCACCGAAGAUGAUACCUCCACGCUCUCACCUUCAGCAUUCAGUGUGCAACAAUUCAGUAUUCCUGGUUGCAACGAUGUUACAGGCAGUUGCUUGUGUGGAGAUGGUUGCCAAUGCGACGGCUGCCUUACACACAAUGGUCAUGGCAACGCUACUACUGAUGAUGUUACUGGCGAGAAAGGAGAACAUGGCACGAUUUCGGUCAACUACACUAGCGCGAAUGGGAGUAAAGGAUCCGAGUUUGUUCAUCGCACAUUCGACGAUAUUUUACGAGACCCGACGUUCGCAUCUACGGCCACCAGCUAAACAAAGCGUUAUUCUCAUGAAAAUUCCUACGAAUAUACUCGCCUGAUUCAACUCAUCCUUUAUUUCGAGACGACCAUCCGAUGAAAAUUAGCACAGGAGGCACAACUUCCGAGGAGCUGGCGUACAUGGUAAUAUCAAGUUCGAACAUCGUGCUACAGUAUCGCCUGAAAGGAUUCGAGAAGAUGGUCGGCCGCCUGAGACGAUUUAUAGAUCACAAUUGUAUAUAUGAAAAGGAGGGAUGACAUACGGUUACGGUUACAUCGAAGAUACCCCGCUGAGCACAAAACAGUAAGCCACGGUUCAGUGGACUUAGUCGAUCCAAUUCAAAUGCAUGAUUGAAUCCUUUUACGCUUGAUUGAAUCCAUGCUGUUGUUGUUCUUGUUGACAUUUGCCUCAUCCAAUGCCGAAGUCCGACAAUCCUUGUUACGCUUUUAUAUGAUAGACGCAUAGAACGCAGAAGAAUAGCAUCCAAAAUGAAGGCGUUUGAAC